GUAACCAGCCAAAUUUGCAGCAGUACUUGGGCUUUUAUGGCCACUGGAACUAUAUAAACAUGUUAGGAAAUGAAUACACAUUGAAAUGAUGGGCAGCAGUCAGGAACAGAGCUGCUUCUCCGUCAGCUUGAUCUUCCUGAGUGACAGCGAGGUUGAAGGGGAGCUAAAAGUCUCCAAAGUGAGACAACAUCAGGAUCUCACUCUUCAAGUCAGCAGGAAGACAGCAGAUGUCACUCUCACGGUGGAGGAUGGUGAUGGAGUGUGUGCCUUCAAAUUCUCAAUUACAAGGGAGAUGGAGUGUUGUCAAGUAGGAACUCAGUCCUUCCUCAUAAACACAAGCUGUGCUAGCACCCUGCUGCGUUUCAGGACAAUGACAGAGUUCCAGACCUUCUACAAAAUGCUAAAGGCUCUGAUUGAUUGUAGCACAGAGGUGUCAGCAUUUGAUCAGAGGACAGAGAACUCAUCAGCCCUUCAGUACUUUCAGUUUUACGGAUGUCUUUCACAGCAGCAGAACAUGCUUCAGGAUUACCUGAGAACGGCAACAUACCAAAAAGCCAUUUUGCUGAAUGACAUUGACUUCAGAAACAAGGUAGUGCUGGACGUAGGCUGUGGAACUGGGAUACUGUCUUUUUUUGCCAUCCAGGCUGGAGCUAAGAAAGUGUAUGCAGUGGAGGCCAGCUCAGUGGCCAAAUAUGCAGAAUUACUAGUCAGAAGCAAUGGCAUGUCUGACCGGAUCAUUGUUCUUACUGGAAAGAUUGAAGAGGUAUCCUGCCCCGAAAAAGUGGACGUCAUUAUCUCUGAACCCAUCGGCUACAUGCUCCUCAAUGAGAGGAUGCUGGAAAGCUAUUUGUACUCCAAAAACUGGUUGAAGCCCAAAGGUAUGAUGUUCCCCACGUUCAGUGACAUCCACCUGGCUCCCUUCACUGAUGAACAGCUUUAUUUGGAGCACCAUGCCCGUUCCAGCUUCUGGCUCCAGACCUGUUUCUAUGGGAUAAACCUGAGUGGACUCCAUCCUGUGGCUGUGGAUGAGUUCUUCAGACAACCAAUAGUGGACACUUUUGAGAUGCAGGUUUUGAUGGCCAGGUCUGUAAAAUACAGCAUCAACUUUCUUGAAGCUAAAGAAGAGGACUUGCACAGGAUGGAAAUCCCCUUUGUCUUCAAACUGCUGCAGUCAGGACUGAUUCAUGGACUUGCAUUCUGGUUUGAUGUAGCAUUUGUAGGCUCAAGGAUGACAGUAUGGCUUUCUACCGCACCUCAUGAGCCACUGUCUCAUUGGUACCAGGUGCGCUGUCUCCUACAAACACCUCUGUUUGCCAAAAUGGGGCAGACACUGUCUGGACAGGUUUUACUGAUUGCCAACAAGAGACAGAGUUAUGACAUUCACAUCACAGCUGUUGUUGAUGAGUCUGGCUUUAAAUCAGGCAAUACGCUGGAUCUAAAAAAUCCCUUCUUUCGGUAUGCCUGACCCUACCCUUGUUUUUAACGUGAAAGGACCGGAGAGACUGCCUUUCCUCUCUACUCUGUGAUCGUCACAGUAUCAAAUAAUCUGUCGUACUGCAGUUUUUUUCCUAAAAUAAUUUCUAUAACAAUUGUCUCUAAAAAUGCAUUGUGGUCUUUACCGUGUUAAGUAAUCCACAAUUGUUUUUGUGGAAACUGAAAACAAAUA